GGGAUAAAAACUCACACCGCCCGCAUUUAAGCCGAGAGUCAUUUCGCAAGCAAUCGAGAGCGAGGACGUAUGGGCGCCGAAAUCCACCGAGAACGGACAGAACUCUAUCAUGAUCGACAAGGACGUUUCUCUACCUACAAUUAAACCACAAACACACGAAUCCGAUGACGAUAUCGAGGACAUCUGGGCUUCGAAAACCGAGGACGAUGCGCCUAAACCUAUUAGGAAAUUGGAGGAAUCGCGGAUUUUCAAAAUUGCUCCAAAACUUGGAGACGAAAUCAAGAGCAAAGAUGACACACUUGACUCUACACUUGACAAGGAGGAAGUACCCAAGAAAAAGCUGUCCACUAGACGUAGAUCGUCGACUAAAUCAACGGAAGGUUCUGAGGACAAAGAAUCGGUAUUGAAACCAAAGAAGAAGAAAUCUAAACCGGUGGAUGAAUCUAAGAAAGAGGAACCGACCGCGAAACCGAAACCCCUCGGAAAACCUGAAGCCCCGAAGGAGGAACCUAAAGCGAAAUCGGAACAGGCAAAGGUGGAACCGAAAGCCAAACCCAAAGCAGAGGAAGUAAAGGAAGUACCAUCGGCCAAGCCUAAACCAGACGAACCGAAGGAGGAAAUAAAACCCAAAUCUAAACCAGAGGAAAUUAAGGAAGUACCAUCGGUCAAACCUAAGCCAUAUGAACCGAAGGAGAAAAUACAAGCCAAACCUAAAGCAGAGGAAAUAAAGGAAGCGCCAAAGGCCAAGUCUAAACCAGACGAACCAAAGGAGGAAGCGAAAAUCAAACCUAAAGCAGAGGAGAUAAAGGAAGCACCAAAACCCAAACCUAAACCAUAUGAGUCAAAGGAGGAAGUAAAAAUUAAACCUAAAACAGAGGAAACAAAGGAAGCAUCAAAGACCAAACUUAAACCAGAUGAGCCAAAGGAGGAAGUGAAAAUCAAAACUAAAACAGAGGAAAUAAAGGAGGCGCCAAAGGCCAAACUUAAACCAGACGAGCCAAAGGAGGAACCCAAAGCUAAACCUAAAGUUGAGGAACCGAAGAAAGAAGAACCCAUGGAGAAACCCAAGGCUAGAUUGGAGGCACCAAAGAAGGAAGAAGAGAAAGAGACUAAGAGAAGCCUGAAGACUGCCAAGCAACUCGAGGAGGAGAAGAAAACUCUAGAAAAAGUCGAGCUCAAGCCGAAGGACGCCAUCCAGACCAAACCGAAAUUUCGUUUACCACCGAAACAGGAAGUUAAAUCCGAAAGCUUUCAGGGGAUACAACUUAAACCGGUUACGAGAGAAGCGAAAAAGCCUCAGCAGGCUGAGGCUAGCAGGAUCGAACUAAAGAAAACUGAGAAAGCGGAGAAGGUCGAUGUUAAAAAGGCGAAAGCAAUGAAGGCGACGAAAGAGGCGAGCUACGAGCUCCCGGAAAUUCCAGAUUACGAAAGGGCCGUUCUCGAGAAACCUCAGGAGUUCGAUUUUGGAGAAUUUGUGCCUCGAGAUAAGACAAAACUCGAGCGACCGGUUACACAGAAAGUCGACUCUAAGCCGAAGUUACCAGAGAUCAAGGCACCAGAGACACCAAAGAUCGAAGUUAUCAAGGACGUGUCACCAAUCGGCAGUAGGAAGGGCUCUUUAGCACCCGGAAGCGGUGCUGGCAGUCGACGCGGUUCGCUUAUACCACCCGAGGAAUUGGGUCGUAGACCCAGCCUGAUCAUCAGCGACGAGUUGGGAAAGUUACGGCCCGGUGAGGUGUUGGACGCAAAGACUAAGUCCGGCCGACCAGGCGCGCUGCUGGAGAAAGAGCGUCGUCGUCCGAGCACGGCGGACAUCAGGAGACCCAGCGUGGCGGACCUCGAGAAUAGAAUUAAUCUCCCUAGCACACCUCUGCGAGAUGUCGGACCAGCUGGACCACCCCAGAUCGUCGAUGUCCAGGAAUCGUACUCCGCCGUUGAAGAUUCGACGGCGUAUCUCACCGUCGCGGUGGAGGGUACGCCCGCGCCAACUUUCAAGUUCUACAAGGGCAUCACCGAGAUCAUCGAGGGUGGCCGCUUCAAGUUCCUCACGGAUUCAGAGACCAACACGAUCACCCUCUGCAUGAGGAAGACGAAGCCCAACGAUGAGGGCACUUAUAAGAUCGUCGUGAGCAACAUCCACGGCGAGGAUUCCGCCGAGAUGCAGCUCUACGUUUCCGACGCCAGUGGUAUGGACUUCCGUGCCAUGCUGAAAAAGAGGAAGUACCAGAAAUGGGCGCGAGAAGAGGCUGAGCAGGAAAAGGUGGACUUGAAAGAAGUCGAGAAGCCUAUGCCGGCGUUGAAGAAAGUGGAAAAGAAAGCGGAAAGCUUCCUGAAGCCACUGGUGGACCAAUACGCCAAGGAAGGCAAAGAUAAGAAAGUCGUCUUCGAAGCAAACUUUUCGAAACCGAAUUGCAAGCCAAAGUGGUUCUUCCGAAAAGAUGAAUUAUUCCCGUCGGCCAAAUACAAAUUCAAGAACGAGGAAGACUGUUACCAGCUUAUCAUUACUGGUCCUAAAGUCGAAGACACCGGAAAAUACACGAUCGAGAUCGCCGGUGUGUCCAGCACAGGCUUCCUCAAUGUGGACGAACCCGAUCCGACGUACACCUUUACGAAGCCGUUGUCGAAAAAGACCAGCGGCUUCGCGAAACACGAAACUUACAUGGAAUGUACAGUCAGUUCUAAUUUGGCGCAAGUUUCCUGGUACAAAGGCAAAACGAAACUCGAGGAUGGAGACCAGUUCAGCAUCUCUAAGGAUAUGUCGGGCGUGUGCCGGCUGACGAUCAAGAGCGCAACUCUCGAAGAUAGUGGCGAAUACACUUGUAAAAUAAGCAAGCAGACGGACAAGACCGAGACCGUUCUCACGAUAGUCGAAUAUCCUUACAAAUUUGUCAAGGUGCUGAAACACCAGCAGCUGAUAGAAAAAGAAACGCUGACCUUGCUUUGCGAAUUGGACGAUGCUGCGGGUGAAGUCAAAUGGUUCAAAGGCGACCAGGCAAUCACGCCCGACAAGAGGGUACAAAUUAAGGAGGAGGGCAGAAAACGAAAGCUCAUCAUUAAAGAUUGCAAGGUAACCGACGCUGGCCUUUACUCCUGCGUGAGCAACGCUGACAAAACGGAAGCCGAGAUUGUAAUCAAUUAUGCUAAUCGCUUUAACAAGAAGCUGAAGGACACUGUUGCGAUAGAAAGAGAGAAACUGGUGCUGGAUGUUGAACUUCAGGAUCAGACCGCGCCGGCUGUAUUCUAUUUCAAUGGCCAGAAGAUCGAGCCUAAUGAAAGAGUGGAGAUCAAGAAUCUGGGUGGUGGCAAGCACCAAUUGGUCUUUAACAAGUUAGAAAUGACGGACGAUGGUGAGAUCAUGUGCGAGAGCGGUCAGUUGACCAGCAGCUGCAAGCUCACCGUGAAGAAGGGCGAGAGCAAGCCCAUUGUUGACUUCCCUGACAAAGUCGAAGGACCUUGCAGCGCACCCCUGGUCUUUGUUGUGCCUUUCAAAGUCGAUGGCACCAAGCAGAGUCAGGUGGAGGCGAAACUCAUGAAGGACGGCAAGGCACUACCCCUCAAGGAUGUCGAGAUCAUCGUCGGCGAGGAUAAAGUUACGUACAAGAUCAAGAAACCCCAACGCGAGUCGUCGGGAGUCUAUCAGAUAAAGAUCGGCAACAAUCAGGGCGAGGAAGUAAAGGAUGUCAACAUUGUCAUGCAAGAUGUCCCAUCUGCGCCGUACGACGUCGAGGUCAACGAGAUCUUCCAGGACUCUUGCGUCGUAUCGUUCAAGCCGUCGAAGGAUGACGGCGGCGCGCCUAUCACGAAGUACGUCAUCGAGCGUCUCGAUCUCAGCUUAAAGGCUCAAUGGGACAACGUCGGCGAAGUCAUGCCAGGCGAGAAGUGCGUGUACAAAGUCACGGAUCUCAUAGCGAAGAGGGAGUACAAGUUCCGUAUACGGGCGGUGAACAAGUUGGGUUCUAGCGAACCGGCGAUGUUCGCUAAGCCCGUCCUAGCAAAGGAUCCAUGGGACGAGCCAGGCAAACCCACGAAUGUCGAUGUAACUGACUGGGACAAGGAUCAUGCUGAUCUAACAUGGACGAAACCCGAGAACGAUGGCGGUGCACCGAUCACCGGAUACAUAAUCGAAUACAAAGAGAAAUUCGGCAAGGAGUGGGUAAAAGGCAAGGAGAUCGAAGGCGAUGUCACUCAGGCGACUAUCGAUGGCCUGAAGGAAGGUACACAGUAUGAAUUCAGGAUACGGGCAGUGAACAAAGCCGGUCCCGGUGAACCAUCUGAUGCUACCAAGCCGAUCAUCGCCAAAUGUCGAUUUGUCAAGCCGUACAUCGUUGGCGAAGGACUCACGAAUCUGGUCGUCAAGAAAGGACAGGUCAUCAAGUACGACAUCAAAUAUGCCGGCGAGCCAGAACCGGAAGUGCACUGGUUCCUGGGCCAAAAGGAGAUUGUCCAAGACGCAACCGAGAGAAUUACAAUCGACAAAUAUGAGAGAAAUACCGUGCUGACGGUGAGGAAGACCACCAGACCCGAUUCUGGAAAGUACAAACUGGUGCUGACCAACAGUUCCGGUACCUGCGAGAGUAUUGCCGAUGUCGUCGUUCUUGAUAAACCCUCAAUACCGCAAGGACCGCUCAAAGUGGAGGAAGUGCGCUCCAAUCAUGUUAAAGUUAAAUGGGACAAGCCUGAAGACAACGGCGGUACCGAAAUCACGGGUUAUGUACUGGAAAAGAUGGAUUUGGACACUGGACGAUGGAUUCCAGCUGGAGAAGUCGGUCCCAACGAAAAGACCUUCACAUUCUCCGGCCUAACGCCGAAGAAGAAGUAUAAGUUCCGCGUCAAGGCGGUCAACAAAGAAGGCGAAUCCGAACCUCUGGAAGUUGAAGAAGCCAUUCUUGCUAAGAAUCCAUAUGAUGAACCUGGCAAACCUGACAAGCCAGAGAUUUUCGACUACGAUAACGUCAGCGUGUCCCUGAAAUGGAAAAAACCGACGAACGACGGUGGCAGACCGAUUACUCACUACACCGUUGAAAUGAAAGACAAAUUCUCCGCUGACUGGAUCGAAGUGGUGAAGACCACUGACGCGACUCCCGAGGCUAAAGUUGAAGGUCUCAAAGAGAAGAUGGUGUACCAAUUCCGCGUUCGUGCUCAUAACAAGGCAGGCCCCGGCGAGCCCAGCGAACCCACCGAUAACCACCUUUGCAAGCACAAGAACCUGAGACCGAGAAUCGACCGCACCAACUUCAAAUCGAUUAUCAUCAAGGCUGGCCGUACUCAUAAGUGGUCUGUGGACGUGAGUGGUGAACCUGCACCAGAGACUAGGUGGAUUUGGAGGGAUAAUAUCCCACUAACCAGUACCGAACGCAUCAAAAUCGAAAACGUCGAUUAUCACACGGAUUUCACGAUCGUUAAUGCGAUGCGCAAGGACACUGGAAAAUAUACGCUGAUCGCCGAGAACGCUAACGGCAAAGACGAAGAAACUGUCGAACUUACAGUGCUCGGAAAACCAAGCGCUCCUAAAGGACCUCUGGAAGUCAGUGAUGUCACCAAUACCACUGCCAAGGUGAAAUGGGAAAAACCGGAGGACGACGGUGGUGUGCCGAUCAAGGAAUACGAGAUCGAGAAGAUGGACACAAAGACCGGCAAAUGGGUCAGAGUUGGUAAAGUACCAGGAAACUCGCCCAACACGGAGUUCGAGGUCACUGGUCUAAAUCCCGGAAGCGAGUACAAGUUCCGCGUGACGGCUGUCAACGACGAGGGCGAUUCGGAGCCCCUAGAGAGCGAACGCGGUGUCGUUGCCAAGAAUCCAUAUGACGAGCCACUGAAGCCUGGAACGCCCGAGAUCACUGAUUACGACAACGAGUCUGUGAGCCUGAAAUGGGCCCCACCUGAUUUCGACGGAGGUGCGCCGAUCGAAAAAUACAUCAUUGAGAAGAAGGACCGGUACAAGCCUGAUUGGGAGAAGACGAUCGAAGUCCCUGGGGAUCAACUUGAGGGCAAGGUACCGGGUCUGAAGGAAAGGGGCGAGUAUCAGUUCCGCGUUAUUGCCGUGAACAAAGCUGGACCUUCGCCUCCGUCCGACGCGUCCAAGAUGCAAAUCUGCAAGCACAAAGCCCUGAAACCAAGGAUCGACAGGACGAACUUGAAGCCGAUUAUCGUACGGGCUGGUAAGACCAUCAAGUACGACAUAGACGUACGCGGCGAACCACCGCCGGAAAUCAAAUGGUAUCAAGUCGGCAACGAAGUGAAAUCCGGCGAGAAUAUCGAGAUUGUCAAUAUCGAUUACAAUACGAAGCUCACUAUUACCGACAGCGUGCGAAAGAAUACCGGUUUGUGGAAAAUCAAGGCUGUCAAUGCUCACGGCGAAGACGAGGCGGAAGUCGAAGUCACGAUAUUAUCGGCUCCUGGAAAGCCGAAAGGACCACUCAAAGUAGCAGACGUCACAAAGAACGGUUGCAAACUCAAAUGGGGCAAGCCGGAGGAUGAUGGUGGCAAGCCGAUCACUGGCUAUCAAGUGGAGAAACUGGACAAAUCAACUGGCAGAUGGAUACCGGUUGGUCGUACCGCGGAUACCGAGAUGGACGUAAAGGGUCUUCAAGAAGGGCACGAAUAUGAAUUCAGAGUAAAAGCUCUGAACGAGGAAGGAGAAUCGGAGCCGCUCGUAUCAGAUGGCUCUACGCUUGCAAAGAAUCCUUACGACGUUAGCGGCAAACCCGGAACGCCGGAGUUGGAGGACUGGGACGUCGAUCGCGUCGAUCUCAAAUGGGAACCUCCCAAGGACACUGGCGGUGCAGCGAUCACUGGUUACAUUAUCGAGAAAAAGGAAAAGCCUUCCUCGCAAUGGGAAGAAGCUCUCGUCACCGAUUCACCACAACCAAAAGGUCGCGUUACCGGCCUGAAGAAGGGUUCGACUUAUCAAUUUCGUGUUCGCGCUGUUAAUAAGGCCGGACCAUCGGAACCCAGCGAUCCUACCAAGCCACACAUUGCAAAAGCAAGAUACCUGAAACCUCAUAUCAAUCGCGACAAGCUGCAGACUAUCAAAGUCAGAGCAGGUCAACUAGUGAAACUGGAAGUUGAUGUCGAAGGUGAACCUCCUCCAACUGUGACAUGGAGCUUUGCUGGUGCACCACUUCAAACUGGAGCCAAUGUAAAGAUUGAUAACGAAGAUUACCUCACUAAGAUCCAAUUAACCAACACCAGUCGCAAAUUAACUGGAAGAUACACCAUUAAGGCCGUGAAUGACUCCGGACAAGAUGAGGCUGAUGUAGAAAUUAAUAUUCUUGACAAACCUGGAAAGCCGGAGGGACCAUUGGAAGUGACGGACGUGCACAAAGAGGGUUGCAAAUUGAAAUGGAGCAAACCGAAAGACGACGGUGGUCUUCCUUUGUCCAGUUACCUUGUAGAAAAGAUGGACGUGACGACGGGUCGUUGGGUACCAGCCGGCAUUGUGGAUCCUGAUAAGACAGAGCAUACGAUUACCGAUUUGGAACCUGGCCAUAAGUACGAAUUCCGGGUGAAGGCUGUGAACGAGGAGGGAGAAUCGGAACCUCUGCAAACCGACGUUGCAAUUGUAGCCAAGAAUCCAUACGAUGCUCCAGCGGCACCUGGACUUCCAGAGAUCGUUGAUUGGUCGGAGAACAUGGUGAAGCUCAAGUGGGAGCCGCCGAUAAGAGACGGCGGUGCACCGAUCACAGGAUAUAUUAUCGAAAUGAAAGAUAAAUUUGGUACCAACUUUGUCAAAGCUGCCGAGAUAUCUGGGCCUGUAUGUACCGGUACAGUCCCUCGACUGGAAGAGGGCAACCAAUAUCAGUUCAGGGUACGCGCCGUGAAUAAAGCUGGCCCUGGUGAACCGAGCGAGGCAACCAAUCCACACACGGCUAAAGCUCGCUGGCUGAAACCGUACAUUGAUCGCACGAAUCUGCAACCAAUAACGGUGAAGGUCGGCCUCACCGUGACCUUAGACGUGAAUAUAAUUGGCGAGCCACCUCCACAAGUCACUUGGACCUUCAAAGACAAAGAGCUCGUAUCGGACGAUACGAUACGAAUUGAUAACGUUGAUUAUAACAGCAAGUUCUUCAUUCUGAAGACUAAACGCGCGCACACCGGCAAAUACGUGAUCAAGGCUAAAAACGAAGUUGGCGAGGAUACUGCCGAGGUAGAGAUUACUGUCCUCGGCAAGCCCAGCAAACCUAAGGGCCCAUUGGAAGUGACCGAUGUCAACAAGCAUGGCUGUAAACUCAAAUGGGACAAACCUGAAGAUGACGGUGGUUCACCGGUCGAGUAUUAUGAAAUCGAGAAGCUGGAUCCUCUUACAGGACAAUGGGUGCCCUGCGGACGCAGCACCGAACCGGAAGCGACCAUUACCGGAUUGCAAGAGGGCAAGCCCUACAAAUUUCGCGUGAAAGCCGUCAACAGAGAGGGAGAGUCCGACGAUCUGGAGGCGGAUAAGUCUAUCAUAGCAAAGAAUCCGUUUGACGAACCGGGCAAGCCUGGUCGACCGGAACUCAAGAAUUGGGACAAAGAUUUUGUCGAUCUCGAAUGGACCCCGCCUAAGGACGAUGGCGGUGCCCCGAUCGAAAAAUAUGUUGUACAAAUGCGAGAUAAAGACGGUAGGCAAUGGGUCGACGUCGCUAAGGUUCCGGGAGAUCGUACAGCUGCCAAAGUCACCGACGGUAUCCAAGAAGGCCACGAGUACGAAUUCAGAAUCGUGGCGGUCAACAAGGCUGGACCUGGCGAACCCAGUGAUACUUCGAAGAGCGUCGUCGCCAAACCCCGAUUUUUGGCACCGCACAUCGAUCGCAAGAAUCUCAAAAAGAAAGUCAUGCGAGUCGGCCAGAUGUUGCGCCUCGAAGCUGACAUCAAAGGCGAACCACCACCAGUCGUCACGUGGAAACUCAAGGACGCGGUGUUGAAGAGCAUGGACCGCCUCAAGAUCGAGAAUGAGGACUAUCACACGAUGUUCAUCCUCAAUAAGCUCCAGCGCUCGGAUACCGGCACCUACACCGUCAUUGCCAAGAACGAUAGUGGCACCGAUCAAGUAGACGUCGAGCUUCAGGUGCUGAGCAAACCCAGCAAACCGAAAGGACCGCUCGAAGUGUCCGACGUGACGGCCGAAGGUUGCAAGUUGAAAUGGGACAAACCUGACGACGACGGUGGCGAACCCGUCGAUCAUUACGUUAUUGAGAGAAUGGAUGUGGAUAGUGGACGUUGGGUACCAUGCGGUACCAGCAAGACCCCGGAAGCGGACGUCUCCGGCCUGAACGAGGGCAAAGAUUAUCAAUUCCGUGUUAAAGCUGUUAACUCCGAGGGCGAGUCAGAACCUUUAGAAACGGCCAUACCAACGACUGCCAAGAAUCCUUAUUCCGAACCUGACGCGCCAAGCAAACCCGAGUUGAAAGAUUGGUCAAAGAAUCACGUGGAUCUCAAGUGGAAAGCUCCAAAGAAUGAUGGCGGUGCUCCUGUCGAGAAGUACAUCAUCGAGAAGAAAGAUCAAUACGGCAAAUGGCAGAAGGCCGUGGAAGUGCCGGGCAACAAAACGGAGGCAAAAGUGCCGGAUCUUGUGGAAGGUCAAAAGUACCAGUUUCGUGUUAAAGCCGUUAAUAAGGGUGGCCAGAGCAAACCAAGCGAGGCUAGCGAUGUUCUGACUGCUAAAGAUCGCUAUGCCGCUCCCAAGAUCGAUCGCACCAACCUGAAAGAUAUCACAAUCAAAGCCGGUAACGUCAUUCGACUGGACGUGAAAGUCACAGGCGAACCACCACCAAGCAAGACCUGGUUCCUGAACAAGGCCAAGCAGGAGUCCGCAGGAGUCCUGACCAUCGAGUCAGAGGAAUACAAGACCAAAUUCGUGGCUUCCUCGGCCAGCAGAGCGCACUGCGGCACUCUGACCUUGAAGGCAGAAAAUAGUUCCGGCAAGGAUGAGGCGUCGAUCGAAAUCCUGGUGUUGGACAAGCCCAGUAAACCCGAAGGACCUCUCAAAGUGUCCGACGUGCACAAAGAAGGUUGCACUCUCAAAUGGAACCCGCCAGCAGACGACGGUGGCGCACCUUUGGAUCAUUACGUGGUCGAAAAGAUGGACACGGAAACUGGCAGGUGGAUUCCAGUUGCACGCACCAAGGAACCUAAUAUGGUAGUGGAAAACUUGGUGCCCGGACAGGAGUACAAAUUCCGAGUUGCGGCUGUGAACGCGGAGGGCGAAUCUGAGCCAUUGGAGACCGAACAUGGAAUCAUCGCGAAGAAUCCAUUCGAUGAACCUGGCGCACCAGGACGCCCAGAAGCGACCGACUGGGACAAAGAUCACGUAGAUCUGCGAUGGACUCCACCGUUAAAGGACGGCGGAUCUCCAAUCACCGGAUACGUGAUCGAGAAGCGGGAGAAGGGCGCACCCAAAUGGAUCAAGGCGUGCGAGACUGGGCCGGAUUGCAAGGGCCGCGUCGAUAAUCUCGACGAGGGUGUCGAAUACGAAUUCAGGGUAAAAGCUAUCAAUGCUGCGGGACCCGGCGAACCAUCCGACGCCAGCAAACCGAUUACCGCCAAGAGUCGACGACUCCCGCCGAAGAUCGACAGGCGAAACCUGCGUGACAUAACUGUGCGCGAGAAUGAAGCGUUCCACUUUGACGUGAAGAUCAUCGGCGAACCACCACCAGACGUUACGUGGGUGAUCAACAAUAAGAGUAUUCAGCAGACCACGCACCGCAGAAUACAGAACGUGCCUUACAACAGUAAAUUCUUUAACGAUAAACCCGAGCGCAAGGAUAGCGGUACUUAUAAGAUCACAGCGAUCAAUCAGCACGGAUCUGACACCGCCGAAGUUGAAGUUACCGUUGUUUCCAAACCCAGCAAGCCGGAAGGACCACUCGAGGUAUCCGACGUGCACAAGGAAGGAUGCACUCUCAAAUGGAAGAAACCCAAAGACGAUGGUGGAGAACCGAUCGAGGGUUACCUCGUGGAGAAGUUCGAUCCGGAGACCGGUGUCUGGCUACCGGUCGGCAAAACUACCGGACCCGAAAUGAAAGUCGAGGGACUUACACCUGGACACGAGUACAAAUUCCGGGUGAAGGCACUCAACAAGGAGGGAGAAUCCGAGCCGCUGGAAACCUUCGGCUCGAUCGUAGCUAAAGAUCCGUUCACUGUUCCAACUGCGCCUGGAGCACCAGAACCAGUCGAUUGGACAGCCAAUCAGGUCGAACUCGCCUGGAAAGAGCCCGUUAGCGAUGGUGGAUCACCCAUUACGGGCUACAUUAUUGAGAAGAAAGAUAAAUACAGCACCAUGUGGGAAAAGGCUUUGGAGACCGAAACACCAACCACCAAAGCUCUGGUACAUGGUCUAAUAGAAGGUAACGAUUAUCAAUUCCGCGUGAUCGCCGUGAAUAAGGCCGGGCAGUCGGAACCAGGCGAAGCCAGCAAGACGUUCACGGCUAAGCCACGUUUCCUGGCCCCGAAGAUCGAUAGGCGCAAUCUGCGAGAUGUUACUCUGUCCGCGGGCUCAAUGCUGAAGUUUGACGCCAACGUGAUCGGUGAGCCGCCACCACACAUCGAGUGGCGUUACGGUGCGAUACCGCUGCAUUCCGAUCGCAAGACCCAGAUCGACAACAGCGACUACAACACCAAGUUCAGCAUACGUCCCGUAUCCCGGGACGACAGUGGUGAUUACACUGUUACGGCGAGCAAUUCGUCCGGCAAGGACUCGGUAACGGUGCAAGUGACGGUGACUGACAAACCGACGCCGCCUGAAGGACCGCUUCAGGUCUCGGAUGUGCACAAGGAGGGAUGCAAGCUGAAGUGGAAGAGACCUAAGGACGACGGCGGCACACCCAUUGAGUAUUAUCAAGUAGACAAGAUGGAUCCGGAAACUGGAUGCUGGGUACCUUGCGGACGUUCCACCGAGCCAAAUAUCGAGGUAACAGGUUUAACGCCUGGCAAGGAGUACCUCUUCCGAGUAGCCGCGGUCAAUGCGGAGGGCGAAUCAAAGCCUUUGGAAGCGGAACAAACGAUCGUCGCCAAGAACCCAUUCGACGAGCCAGGCAAACCGGGUGAUCUCCGAGCCACCGAUUGGGAUAAGGACCACGUUGAUCUCAAGUGGACUCCACCCAGCAAUGACGGUGGUUCACCAAUCACCGGUUACGUAAUUGAGAAGAAAGACAAAUACGGCGAAUGGGAAAAAGCAGUGGAAGUACCCGCGGACGAGACUUUCGCCACCGUGCCGGAUCUGAUCGAGGGCCAGCCGUACGAAUUUCGAGUACGAGCAGUGAACAAAGCUGGUCCCGGUGAGCCAUCGGAUCCCACGCCUACAAUCAUCGCAAAACCGCGCAACCAAGCGCCCAGAAUCGAUCGCACGAAUCUGGUCGAGGUAAGGAUCAAGGCCGGUCAGAACUUCAACUUCGACUGCAAGGUAACAGGUGAGCCCGCGCCCACCACCAAGUGGAUGCUGAAUGGCAAAGAGGUACGGCCGAGCGAUCGCGUCAAGGUGAAGCACGUGGACUACAAUACCAGUCUGAAUGUGCGGAUGGCGACGCGGGCGGAAUCCGGCAAGUACACCGUAAUCGCGGAGAAUAUCAACGGCCGAGAUGAGGCGUUCGUCAAGGUCACCGUACUGGACAAGCCAAGCCCGCCACAGGGUCCACUCCGGGCGUCCGACGUGCAUGCCGAGGGUUGCAAACUCACGUGGAAGCCACCAGAAGACGACGGAGGUCAACCAGUGGAGAAAUACGUCGUAGAAAAGAUGGACGAAGCCACAGGCCGCUGGGUACCGGCCGCGGAAACCGACGGACCGGAAACGAGCGUGCAAGUGGAAGGCCUGACGCCUGGACACAAGUACAAGUUCCGGGUGAGGGCGGUCAACAAACAAGGCAAAUCCGAGCCGCUUACUGCCAUGCAGGGCAUUGAGGCGAAGAAUCCGUUCGACGAACCAGGCAAACCAGGUACGCCCGAGGUAGCUGAUUACGAUACAGACUUUGUCGAGCUUCAAUGGAGCCGUCCUGAUGAAGACGGUGGAUCACCGAUCACUGGUUACAUCAUAGAAAAGCGUGACAAGUACAGUCCGAUUUGGGAGAAAUGUGCGGAAGUAGACGGUGACGUGAACCGUGGCAGAGUCAACGAUCUGGUCGAAGGAACUCCAUAUGAAUUCCGUGUCAGGGCUGUCAAUAAGGCUGGUCCUGGUGAAGCGUCGGAAGCAUCCAAAUCACAUGUGGCACGUCCUAAGAACCUUCCACCGAAGAUCGAUAGGAAGUACAUGCUGGACGUGAAGGUGCGCGCCGGUAGCUUCUUCGACUUUGACGUGCCGGUGAUCGGCGAACCGCCACCAAGCAAGGAAUGGUCGCUAAAGGGCGUCACGGUGACAGCGAGCGAUCGCAUCAAGAUCACCAAUGAGGACUACAAUACCAAAGUGCGCGUGAUGGAGGCGAAGCGUUCCGAUUCCGGCGUCUACACUUUGGAAGCUAGAAACAUCAAUGGCAAGGACUCCGCCACGUUGACUGUAAACGUGCUGGACGUACCAGCUCCGCCAGAGGGUCCGUUGAAGGUGGACGAUGUUACUAGAAGCAGCUGCGUCCUUAAGUGGCGACCGCCCAAGGAUGAUGGUGGUUCCGAGAUUCAGUACUAUCAGGUCGAGAAGAUGGACACGGAGAACAUGCGUUGGGUGCCUGUGGCCGAGGCAAACACCACGUCGGCGCGGGUGGACCACUUGAUAGAGGGUCACGAUUAUCAGUUCCGCGUGCGCGCAGUUAACAAGCAAGGCGAGUCCCAGCCGUUGACAGGCAUGGACACCAUUACGGCCAAGGAUCCGUUCGCCAAACCAGACAAGCCCGGCGCACCGGUAGCCACCGACUGGGACAAAGACCAUGUGGAUCUUGAAUGGGCACCGCCCAAGAAGGACGGUGGAUCACCUAUAACUGGCUACAUCAUCGAGAAACGACCUAAGUUUGGUCAGUGGGAGAAGGCCGUCGAGGUGCCCGGCAAUAAGACUAGCGCCAGAGUGCCAGAUCUGACUGAGGGUCAAGAGUACGAAUUCAGAGUCAUCGCCGUCAACAAAGGUGGACCUGGAGAACCGUCCGAAGCGUCGGCGCCGAUCGUCGCCAAACCACGCUUUAUCGCUCCUUCGUUCGACACACAUUUGCUGAACGACUUGGUGGUGCGCGCUGGUCAAAAGAUCAGUUACAAUAUUCCCAUCGUGGCAUCACCCAAACCUAAGGCAACAUGGAGUUGCGAUGGAGUUCAGAUUGUUGCCGAUGCUCGUCAUGAAAUGUACACUACCAACACCGAGACGACUUUCGAAAUACCAUUCUCCGUACGAGGUGACACUGGACGUUACACUCUGACUUUAGAAAACGAGCAUGGCAACUUUAGCGCCAGUGCGAGAGUCACUGUCCUCGACAGACCCGCACCACCAGAGAAGCCUUUGGACGUUACUAACGUCACGAAAGAGGGUUGUCACUUGACCUGGGGCCAUCCGCUUGACGAUGGCGGCAGUCCUAUUCUGCACUACGUCAUCGAGAAGAUGGAUUUGUCUCGUGGAACUUGGUCCGAUGCCGGUAUGAGUAUGGUGCUAAGUCACGAGGUCAGUCGUUUAACACAUCGCAAGGAAUAUAUGUUCCGCGUCAAGGCUGUCAACAACAUCGGCGAGUCCGAUCCACUCGAGACCACAAAGAGCAUCAUCGCAAAGAACGAAUUUGAUGAACCGGAUGCGCCUGGUAAGCCACAAAUCACGGACUGGGACAAGGAUCACGUGGAUCUGCAAUGGCCAGCACCAAAGAAUGACGGUGGAUCACCGAUCACGGGCUACAUUGUCCAGAAAAAGGAGAAGGGCAGUCCUUAUUGGGUAAAUGCCGUGCACGUACCUAAAGGUCAGACCAACACUACCGUGCCGGAUUUGACAGAAGGCCAGGAGUAUGAGUUCCGCGUGAUCGCUGUCAACGCUGCCGGUCAAUCCGAGCCAUCGGAGCCUAGUGACCUCGUCACUGCCAAACCUCGUUAUCUGGCUCCGAAGAUCAAGACGCCUUUGCAAGACGUUCGUAUCAAAGCUGGACUCAUCUUCCACGUGGAUAUCGAUUUCAUCGGCGAACCGACUCCGGAAGUAACGUGGAGCGUGGGAAGCAACGAGUUAACUUCCAAUGACAGGACGACAAUCACCUCGAUUGGCUAUCACACGAUCGUACACAUCGUCAAUGCCAAAAGAUCCGAUUCAGGAUUGUAUCAUCUAUUGCUGAGGAACAGCAGCGGUAUAGACGAGGGCAGCUUCCAGGUAACUGUCCUGGACAAGCCUGGACCACCAGAAGGUCCUUUACAAUACGAGGAGAUUACCAACCAGUCUGUCACGCUCUCUUGGAAGCCACCUAAGGAUAAUGGCGGCAGUGAGCUUACUGGAUAUGUUAUUGAAAAACGCGAUCUCACUCACGGUGGUGGCUGGGUACCGGCAGUUACGCAUGUUAAUCCCAAAUAUAAUCACGCAACCGUGCCAAGACUACUCGAGGGAACCACGUAUGAAUUCCGCGUGUCCGCGGAAAAUCUUCAGGGUCGGUCUGAGCCACUGACCACCGAUCGAUCCGUUGUGGCGAAGAAUCAAUUCGUGGUUCCUGGACAACCCGGCAAGCCAGAGUGCGUCGACGCUGACAAGGAUCAUAUUAAGAUCAAGUGGACCGCGCCCAUCAGCAACGGCGGCUCCAAGAUUAUCGGCUACGAUGUGGAGCGUCGCGAUCGCGCCACCGGUCGCUGGAUAAAACAAAACAAAGAACCUGUCAAGUAUCCCGAGUACUACGACGACCAUGUGACCGAGGGUCACCAAUACGAGUAUCGCGUGUCGGCCAUAAACGCUGCCGGUGCCGGCAAACCGAGCGAGACCUCAUCCGUGUUCACGGCUAAACCCAUGAAGGAGAAGCCGAAGCUUCAUCUCGACGCUUUGAUUGGCCGCAAGAUUAAAGUACGCGCCGGAGAACCGAUCAACGUGAAUAUACCGUUGUCCGGUGCGCCCACGCCGAAGAUCGACUGGAUUAAGGAUGGAAAAUCACUCGCAGAAACUCUUCGUCUGUCGACGGAGACCAAGAGCGACCGAACACAGUUGCUGAUUGAGAAAUCCGUGCGAGAUGACAGUGGCAUUUACACCAUCACUGCCACGAAUGAACACGGCAAAGACUCGGCUGACAUUGAAGUAAUAGUCGUGGAUAAACCUGGACCACCACAAGGUCCUCUGCAGUAUACCGGCACGACGCAAGAGUCCGUCGGACUGUCUUGGAACCCACCAGUUGAUAACGGUGGAUCCGAUAUCACGAACUACAUCGUCGAAGUUUCGGAUUACGGAUCUGACAAUUGGCGACAAGUGCCUGGAUAUGUUCCCAGGACAAGCUUCACAGCGAAAGGCUUGACCGAGGGUAAAAAAUAUGUCUUUAGGGUCCGUGCCGAGAACAUGUACGGAGUGUCGGAGCCCUUAGAGGGCAAGCCCGUAAUCGCCAAGAGUCCCUACGAUCCACCGGAUGCGCCGAGCCAGCCUGAAGUCCUCGGCUACACUCCUAACAGUUGUAGCCUCAGCUGGAAUCCGCCCAUCAACACCGGCGGCAAACCUAUCACUGGUUACUACGUGGAAAGACGCGAGCGUGGCGGCGAAUGGCUGAAAGUCAAUAAUUAUCCUACGCCGAACACGACAUUCACUGUACAAGAUUUGCAUGAAGGCUCUCGAUAUGAAUUCAGAGUGAUCGCUGUCAACGAGGCUGGACCUGGCAAACCUAGCAAGCCCACCGAACCCAUUACAGCUGGACAUCAACGCUUACGUCCUGACGCGCCCGAGCCACCCAAGGCAGAUAGGAUUACCAAGGACUCGGUAACCUUAAGUUGGCGUCCACCACGAAGCGACGGUGGCGCAAAGAUCCGUGGCUACAUUCUCCAGAAGAAAGCGAAGGGCGACGACGACUGGUCAGAUGUAAAUGGGGCGCCGAUACCAAGCAACGUGUACACCGUACCAAAGCUAAAGGAAGGCGAAGAGUAUCUGUUCAGAGUGUUUGCGGUGAAUGACGUCGGUAGCAGUGAUCCAAGCCGACCUAGCAAUCCCAUUGUCAUUGAGGAACAACCCAACAAACCGGUUAUGGACCUCGGUGGCGUUCGCGACAUCACUGUUCGCGCUGGCGAGGACUUCUCCAUCCACGUGCCUUACAUUGGCUUUCCCAAACCAACUGCCACGUGGUUCGCAAACGAUGUCGUUAAAGACGAAACUGAUCCGCGUGUGCAUCAACAACUGGCCGAUGAUUUCGCUAGCCUGGUUGUGAAGAACGCGAAACGCUCGGACGGAGGGCAGUAUAGGCUCCAGCUGCGCAAUUCUUCCGGUUUCGACACAGCAACCGUCAACGUCAAAGUCCUCGAUCGUCCUGGUCCGCCCGAAAAUCUCCGUGCGGACGAGUUUGGCGGCGAUGCCCUUACUCUCUUCUGGAACCCGCCCAAGGAUAACGGCGGUGCCGAUAUCACUAAUUACGUGAUCGAGAAGAGGGAACCAAAGGCCGCUACAUGGUCUAAAGUGAGCAGCUACGUCACGACGCCCUUCGUGCGGGUGAGGAACCUGACGGUCGGUCAAGUCUACGAGUUCCGAGUGAUGGCCGAGAACCAGUACGGCACAUCUGAUCCAGUAACGACGAUUGAUCCUAUCAAAGCGAGACAUCCGUUUGAUCCGCCUGGUGCACCUGGCACACCUCGCGGCGUGGAGACCACCGAGGACAGCAUCACCAUCACCUGGACCAAACCGCGUCACGACGGCGGUUCGCCGAUUCUCGGAUACGUCGUCGAGAAGCGUCUUCUGAGCGAGGACAAGUGGGUCAAGGCCACUCCAGCUUUGGUGCACGAUACCACGUACAAGGUCACCGGACUGAUCGAAAAUCACGAUUACGAAUUCCGCGUAGCCGCGGAGAACGCCGCUGGACGAGGACCGUGGAGCUCCAACUCCGACGUCAUCCGUGCCAGUGCACCGCCAUUCCCACCAAAGAUCACAAGCGACCUCAGCAUCCGCGACAUGACAGUGAUCGCUGGAGAACCAUUCACCAUCACGGUGCCAUACACAGCGAAUCCCAAACCGAGACCGAACUGGUCCAUCAACGGCGAGGAAGUGCUCACCGGCGACAGAAUCAAAUUCGAAACGACCGAUGUUGCUUCGCAGUUCAUUAACAAGAAGGCAAAGAGAACCGAUACCGGCACGUACACGAUAUAUCUUACGAACACUGUUGGCACGGAUUCCGCCUCGUGCAAAGUUCUCGUUGUUGACAAACCGUCGCCACCCUUGGCGCCUUUGGAUAUCUCCGACAUCACUCCGGAAACCUGUACACUGACGUGGAGGCCACCCUUCGACGAUGGCGGUUCACCAAUCACAAAUUACAUCGUUGAGAAACUGGAUCCGGCUGGUUUCUGGGUGAAGCUCAGCAGCUUCGUGAGGAACACGCAUUAUGACGUAAUCGGUCUGGAACCGAAUCGUACAUACAACUUCCGCGUGAGAGCGGAAAAUCAGUACGGUGUCUCCGACCCGCUGCAGGCUGACGAACCGAUAACAGCCAAGUUCCCAUUCACGGUACCGGAUCCACCUGGACAGCCACGUGUCAUCGAUUGGGAUACUUCGAACGCCACGGUAGUCUGGACAAAACCAUUGUCCGACGGUGGAUCUCGUAUUCAGGGCUACAAGAUCGAGUUCCGCGAUCCUGCCGAGGACGUGCAGUGGCGCGUGGCGAAUGACUAUCUGUUCAAGGAUACCACGUAUGUGUGCUACGGCCUGAUGAGCGGCCACGAGUACGAGUUUAGGAUCCGCGCGAAGAAUGCUGCAGGCUUCAGUAAGCCAAGCCCACCCUCUGUUCCAUUCAGACUCAAGAGCAAGUUUAACGUACCCUCGCCACCUGGUACGCCACAGGUCACCAAGGUCGGCAAGAAUUAUGUCGAUCUACGAUGGGAACCACCUGUAUCCGACGGCGGCAGCAGGAUAACCGGCUAUGUGAUCGAGAAACGCGAGGUGGGCAGCGCGAUGUGGUCCAAAUGCAACGAGUAUAACGUUGUCGACACCGAGUACACGGUCAUGCACCUGAUCGAGCGUGGCGACUACGAAUUCAGGAUCUUCGCGGUGAACGCGGCCGGCAGAUCCGAGCCGAGCUCGUGUACCACGCCGGUGAAGAUCUGCGAAGUCGAGGGCGGCGAAAAGCCAGACUUUAUCAGAAAUCUGCCCAUCAGUCAGAUCGUACCGCUUGGCAAGACCCUCGUCCUCGAGUGCGAGGCCACGGGCAAACCUCUGCCGACUGCCAGGUGGCUGAAGAACGGCCGAGAAAUCACUUUGGGCGGCCGUUUCCGCACCGAAGCGAUAAAUGGCAUCUACAGGCUAGUAAUCUCCGAAGUCUGGGAUGCGGAUGACGGCGACUACAGUUGCCAGAUCUCGAAUCCGCUCGGUGUCGCCGCGACCACGUGCCGGCUGAAGAUUGGCACACCGCCACGUAUUGAACGCAUGCCGGACGAUCUCUACUUGCCGGAGGGUGAUAAUACGAAGAUCAAAAUCUAUUACAGCGGCGACCAACCGAUGGAGGUGACGCUGAAGAAAGACGGUCACAAAAUCGUCGAGACUACGCAUAUCAAAUACACCGUAUUCGAUGAGUACCUCAUCAUCUUCAUUAAGGACAUUCAGAAGGACGAUGCCGGCGUUUACGAUCUGUCUAUCUCAAACGACAGCGGCAGCGUGAGCGCGUCCUUUACCGUCUACAUCACUGGAUUACCCGGACCGCCAACCGGACCUCUUGACGUUUCUGACAUCGACAAGCAUACGUGCACCUUGUCCUGGCAUCCACCCAAAUACGAUGGCGGCCUGCGGAUCACCCAUUACGUAGUGGAGCGUCGCGAUGUCAGCCAUACGCACUGGAUCAUCGUAUCGUCCUUCUGCAAGGACACUACUUUUGUCGUACAGGGUCUUACCGAGGGCCAGGAAUAUCUCUUCCGGGUAAUGGCCGCCAAUGAUAACGGCAUGGGCCCACCACUGGAGGGCACCAACCCGAUCAAAGCCAAAGCACCGUUUGAUCCGCCGGGACCACCGGGAACACCCAAGGUCAUUGAGGUGGGCGGCGAUUUUGUCAAUCUUUCCUGGGAGAAACCGGAGUCGGACGGCGGCGCCAAAAUUCAGGGCUAUUGGAUAGACAAGCGUGAGGUUGGCAGUGAAGCAUGGCAGCGCGUGAACGUCAGCAUUUGUCUGCCGACGCAAAUCAAUAUCAGCAACCUGAUUGAGGGUAGGCAGUACGAGUUCCGUGUCUUUGCGCAAAACAUAGCUGGUCUCAGUCCAGAGUCCAUGGCCUCGACAUCAGUGAAGAUCGUCGACCCGCAAGCGGCGAAACCUCCGGAAAUAAUCCAGCCUCUUAGCAAGGUGAACUGUGUGCAGAACCAUAACGCCCACUUCCAGUGCAAGAUCAUUGGUACGCCAAAACCGACUAUCACAUGGUUUAAGGGCGCACGCGAGAUCGUGAGCGGUAGUCGCUAUAACACCUACUCCGAAGGCGACGUUCACAAUCUCAUCAUUCACGACGUGUUCGGCGAGGACGCGGAUGAGUACUUCUGUCGCGCCGUCAACAAGUGCGGCGUCAAGUCCACGAAGGGCGAGCUCUUCAUCAAGACCCCGCCGAAGCUGAACGUGCCACCGCGCUUCCGCGAUACCGCCUUCUUCGACAAGGGCGUAAAUGUCGUAAUCAAAAUUCCGUUCACUGGUUACCCGAAACCGAAGAUUACGUGGGUGCGCGAAGGCGAGGUGAUCGAGUCCGGCGGUCAUUACGCGGUUGAGGUGAAAGAGCGUCACGCAGUGUUGACAAUUCGCGAUGGCAAUCGUAUCGAUUCAGGCCCAUACCGCAUCACUGCCGAGAACGAUCUCGGCCAGGACACGGCCAUCAUAAAGAUCCAAAUCAGCGACCGUCCAGACCCACCCAGAUUUCCGCAGGUGGAUAAUGUCGGCCACGACUCGCUCGCGGUCAGCUGGAAACCACCAUUGUGGGACGGUGGUAGCAACAUCACCAAUUACGUAGUGGAAAAACGUGAGCACCCGAUGAGCAGCUGGAUUCGCGCUGGCAACACCCGGUUCUGCACCCUCGCAGUGACCGGUCUCAGACCCGGUCAUCAGUAUGACUUCCGGGUGUGCGCGGAGAACAUUUACGGACGUUCCGAUCCGAGCGAGGUGACACCGCUGAUCACCACGAAGAGCGUGAUCAAGCGCGAGUUCAAGAAGAAGGAGUACGAGGUGGACGCGAGCGGCAAAAAGAUCCGCGGUCGCGAGGACGAAAAGCCAGGCGACUACGAUCAGUUUGUGUUUGAUGUAUACGGCAAGUACGUGCCACAGCCGGUCGAGAUUAAGCAUACGUCCGUCUACGACAAGUACGACAUCCUUGAGGAGAUCGGCACUGGAGCGUUCGGCGUGGUGCACCGUUGUCGCGAGAGGACCACCGGCAAUAUCUUUGCCGCCAAGUUCAUCCCAGUGUCGCAUGUGAUGGAGAAGGAGCUGAUUAGGAAGGAGAUUGACAUCAUGAAUCAGCUACACCAUCCCAAGCUAAUCAACCUACACGAUGCCUUCGAAGAUGACGACGAGAUGGUGCUGAUAUUCGAGUUCCUGUCCGGUGGCGAGCUGUUUGAGAGGAUCACGGCCGAGGGUUACACCAUGUCCGAAGCGGAGGUCAUCAAUUACAUGAGGCAGAUCUGCGAGGGAGUCAAGCAUAUGCACGAGAAGAAUAUCAUUCAUCUUGACAUAAAACCCGAGAAUAUCAUGUGCCAAACGCGCAACAGCACCAACGUGAAACUGAUCGACUUCGGGCUGGCCACUAAGCUGGAUCCGAACGAAGUAGUCAAGAUCAGCACAGGUACUGCCGAGUUUGCCGCUCCCGAGAUUGUCGAGCGCGAGCCAGUUGGUUUCUACACCGAUAUGUGGGCUUGCGGAGUACUGGCCUACGUCCUAUUGAGUGGUCUUUCGCCGUUUGCCGGCGAUAACGACAUCGAGACCCUGAAGAACGUGAAGGCGUGCGACUGGGACUUCGACGAAGAGGCAUUCCGCGACGUUUCCGAGGAGGGUAAAGAUUUCAUCAGACGAUUACUCGUCAAGAAUAAAGAGAAGCGAAUGACCGCGCACGAGUGCCUCCUUCAUCCAUGGUUGACCGGUGACCAUAGCAAGUGGACCAAUCCAAUCGCCAACAGUCGCUACCUCAGUAUCAGGGACAGAUUACGAGCCAAAUAUGAGAACUGGGACAAGUAUGUCCUUCCCAUCGGCCGCCUAGCCGAGUAUUCGUCACUCAGAAAGCUCUUAAUCGAGAAAUACAGGAUCUACGACUCUUGCUUCGAUCGCCGACAAGCAGCGCCCAGAUUCGUCAUCAAACCACAAAGCGCGUUCGCUUACGAAGGCCAGAGCGUGAAAUUCACUUGUCGCGUAAUCGCGAUCGCAGCACCGACCCUAUCCUGGUCGCACAACAACCAAGAGCUGCGGCAGUCUGUUAAAUUCAUGAAACGAUAUCACGGUGACGAUUACACCUUCAUCAUCAACAGAGUUAAGCUGGAGGAUCGAGGAGAGUACAUCAUACGCGCGGAGAACCAUUAUGGCUAUCGCGAGGAGGUCGUUUUCCUCAACGUGCAACCGCUGCCGAGAGAAAUUCCGAAGUACAGGCCAGAGCUUCAUCCGGUACGCAGACGAGAACCGCUCGGCUACAACGUGUGGCUGGAGACGAUCGAGUCGGCACCGAGCUUCACCUUCCUGCUGCGACCACGUGUUAUCCAAAUCCGGCAGACUUGCAAGUUGCUCUGCUGCUUGAGUGGCAACCCACCGCCAACAGUAAAAUGGUACAAGGAUAGAGAAGAGUUGUCCAAGUACAGCUACCCCAUGAGCAACGCCGAUGGUGUCGUCACGAUGGAAAUCAUCGACUGCAAGCCAGAAGACAGCGGCAAGUACCGCUGCGUGGCUAGCAACAAGCACGGCAAGGACGAGACCAGUUGCGUGGUCAUUGUGGAAGGCACUGGAGAAACGGAGGAGCAAGUAAAAUUAGUACACGACCUCCUACAUUCCGGAGAUCGAAGGUUCAUCGAGCAACCAUUAAAACCGGCACCACCACCAAUCGUAACAGUCCAUAAAUCCAGCGGCUACAGUUCCACUACCAACCAGGCCCAGUCGAGCUCAUCGCACAACUACAGCAGCUCCACUUCCAAACAGAACUCCACGACAUCCUCUUCAUAUAAGGAUAGCGCUAACGUAAAGGUCAACGAUUCGUCUGACAAACGAAGUAUCAAGAAGUAUGGUUCGAAACUCGACACCACUGGUAGUCCGUCUCGAUCCAGGAGCACCACGAAAGAACUCGUUCAACCCUCGGACGACUCGAUGAGGCCACCACAGUUCACUCAGAAACUGAAGAAUCUCACGAUCAACGACGGCGAGCAACUAGAGCUUACGGUGAAAGUUGACGGCGAUCCGGAACCGCAAAUCGCUUGGAGCAAAGACGGCAAGGUGUUGAGCUCGUCGGAGAUUGUGGAUCUCAAAUAUAAGAACGGAGUAGCCACCCUCACGAUCAACGAAGUUUUCCCCGAAGAUGAGGGCGAGUACUCGUGUCUUGCGACUAACAGCAUCGGCAGCGACACGACAUCCUGCAAACUAACUAUAAAAGCCGUGGAGAACGCUGCCGGAAAGAAGCAGAACGAUGACAAGUCGCCGAAGAUCGUGGACCAUCUAACGAGCAUGCAAGUGCUGGAUGGCGCGGGUGUGACGCUCAGCUGCCGAAUAAUCGGCGCCAAGAAGUUCGACGUGGUGUGGCUGCACAACAACAAGGAAAUCAAGCCCAGCAAAGACUUCCAGUACACCAGCGAAGCGAACAUCUACAAACUGGUCAUCGCCGAGAUCUUCCCCGAAGACUCCGGCACUUACACGUGCGAAGCUUUCAACGACGCAGGGGAGAGCUACUCGUCGUGCACGUUAAGCGUACUCGCUCCAAACGAAGAGCCGAAAAGCCCAGCGUUCGCGACAUUCCCGCAGUCUGCAACAGUGAGCGAAGGUGAAUCGGUGACUUUCACGUGCAAGACUGAUACCGCACCUUUGAAAGUGACCUGGUUGAAGGAUGGCAAGGCGAUUCCCGAGACGAGCAGCAGGUACCACUUCAGCUCGGACGGCAACACGUCCUUCGAGUUCGGCAUCAAGACGUGCACGGCCACCGACGUCGGGCAGUAUUCAGCGCGCGCGAUCGGCCAGAAAGGCGAGACAAACGCGGCGUUUGCGCUUAACGUCGUCAAUCCGGGCGAGCUGUGAAACCGAUCUCCUACUGCCGGAUCUUAAGUUAUUAACGAUCAUCAUCACAGUCGACCGAAUCGGGGCAUCUCCGUUUCAACAUUCUUCGCGGAAGAUACAUUUCCGAAUUGAAUUGGCUUGAAUACACUAUAAAAGCGCAUGGAAAAUUUUUUGGACGUUUGUUUGUGCGAGUUCUUAGAGGGAAAUGUGUCUUCUUCGUUCUUAUACACGUCUUUUAGUCAUGGACGUCGAAUCACCUUCGAUCGGUCGCUCCGCGCUUUCCACAACACGUCACUGGCUUUUCAGCUUUUGCGAGAUUGAACGCGAGCACACGACGAAAAAUAAAGAACCGAAAAACGCGAGCCGGAAAUCACAGGAACGGCAAAAUACGCGCAAAGUUUUCAGUAUCGUCUUUAAAUCGCACGAUGUCUCUGUACAAAAAGAAAAGAAAGGACGGGAGAACCGGAAGACCAAAGUAUAUCUAUUGCUCUCUCGCAUAUUCUGUAUGUAAAUUAAUUUUGGAACGCUGUGUUUUCUUCUUCCGUGUGUUUGUCACGAUGUCGCAUGAAUCGCGCGAAUCGUCGGAACGCGGUGGCUCACCCUCGUGAGAGACCGUGUCCAAUGUACGAGUAAUUACAAGAAUAGCACGCGCAACUUGUUACGCUAAAAAAAUUAUUCGGCUUUGCUGUAUUAUACGACUCGGCAUACGCUCGAGUACGCACACACACACAACACACUUUACGGGCACAUCGUGGUAGCAUUUGAAGAAAAGAAACAGAAGUAGGGGAAAAAGAUAUUCGUACGAUGUCGAAUCGGCCGAGCGCGAUUUUCCCGGAGAGACCGCCAGCAUCCUCCAACAUCCGAAUACGUCUUCAACAUCCAAGAAUCUCGCCGGGAGAAUCCCUCGGACGCUAAAGUAAACCACAGAACGUACACGUGAUGCCACCGCGAUGUGCCCCUCUAUUCCACGUUAAUGGUACGCACCGUCGUGUUAUACUUGUUUGAAGACUGCUUCCGUCAGAAAAUCUAUGAUGAAAUAAAACGCGUAUGAUUUAAAAUAAA